CAGCCCCCCCAGCACCCCGCCGUCCCGCACGCGCUCGCCCCCCCAGCCCCACGGCCCCCUCGAUCGCGACACGCGUGCGUGGGCGGAGUGCCCGACUGCCCGUGCCCCGAGCCCCCGAGUCGACAGCUCGGCUGCACCUGCUCCCAAGUCCCAACCCUAAGCGGGCGAGCGGCGACUUGGAUCCGGCGGCCAGGCGGAACCACGGGAGGAGGGAGCGCGGGGCCGGCCGGCCGCUCAUCGCCUAGAGGUAGGGGGCCACGGCUCCCGGAGGCCCGCGGCCCGGCGCGGGUUCACGGCGCCUCGCCUAGAGGCCGGCGCGGCGGCGCUGAAGCCGGAUGCCGCGGCCGCACGGAAGCCGCGGAGGGCAGGCGGACGGGCUAACAGUAGCAUAACAGCUAGAAGGAGCAAGCAGGUUGAUUUGAGUUGUUAAUUUGAGGCUGUACAGUUCCUUCAGCAAUGGUUUAUUGUACUCACUGUGCUGAUUACUGCCCCUCCAUAAAGGACCCUGACAAAGGAUACAUAUGCUGUGGUACAUGUGGAAAGGUUCUUGAUCAGGAAAUAUACACUGAUGAGCCUAAUUUUGUUAAAGAUAACUCGGGGCAGAGCCGCUUGGCUGGAAGUAUUCUGACAAGCAUUGAGUCUGGAUAUUCAAUGUCCCAUCAAAGAACCUUAGACAAAGGGAAGGAUGAGAUUAGUCAGAUUGUCAAUAACUUACAUGUCAGCGGUGGGGAUACUAUCAUUAAGAGGGCUCUUCACUUCUAUGAGCUAGCUCUUGACCGUAAUUUUACAAGGGGUCGUAGAACAACACAUGUUGCAGCUGCUUGCCUUUACAUUGCCUGCCGGCAAAGUAAAAAAGCUUAUCUUCUUAUCGAUUUCUCCGACUAUCUGCAAAUAAGUGUUUAUGUCCUAGGUGCUGUUUUUCUCCAACUUUGCCAAGUUUUGCUACUCUCAGAUCAUCCAUUUGUUCAAAAGCUUAUAGAUCCCAGCCUUUUCAUCCAUCGUUUUACUCAACGUUUGCUGGGGGGAAGGGAUAAUGCUGUAUCAGACACAGCUUUACGCAUUAUAGCUAGCAUGAAGCGAGACUGGAUGCAGACUGGUAGGAAGCCGAGUGGAUUAUGUGGUGCAGCAUUAUACAUUGCUGCACUCUCUCACGGGUAUAAUUACACCAAGGCAGAUAUUGUUUCUGUUGUGCAUGUGUGUGAAGCCACUCUAACUAAGCGAUUGAUAGAGUUUGAGAAUACAGAUGCUGGCAGCUUAACGAUUGAAGAAUUUCUGGCGACAGCUGAUGAAUGUAAUCAAGAGCCUGUUCCAAAAUGUUCGCUCAAGUCUGGAGAAGUUCUUUGCAAGCACAAGGAUAAUAAAGGUUCUGUACAUUUUGCUCAUGGACUGUGUGAAAAAUGCUACAACAAGUUCACUAAACUGUCGGGUGGAUUAGAAGGUGGUUGUGACCCUCCAGCAUUCCAACGAGCUGAAAAGCAAAGACUUGAAGCUGCUAAAAGGGCUGAAGAUGCUGCUGCAGCUAAGGAGGCAGUUCUGGAAGAAUCUCUUUGUGACACACAGAAUUCUGAUGUUGAGAAUACCAUAACUCCUAGUAAGGGUAUAAGCGGAGAUAAAUCUUCAGCAGUUGCAUCUGAGGAAUGCACAAAUGACUCUAUACUGUCCAAAGCUCCUGAAGGAGGAGCUGUAUGCUAUCUUGCAUGCUUAGGUGAAAAUUGUGAAGGCGAUGCUGAUCCAGAAAGCCUUUCUGAUAUUGAUGAUGUAGAGGUUGAUUGGUACCUUCACAAUGAGGAAGAAACACAAUAUAAAAAGAUUAUCUGGGAGGAAAUGAACAAAGAGUACCUUGAGGAACAGGCGGCAAAGGAAGCUUUGGCAGCUGAGUUGGCAGCUAGAGGUGUUGUUGUGGAAGAGGGAAAGAAGAAAAAACGAAGACGUAAUGAAGACACCAAGAGCUCAAAACCUGCUGAAACACCAGCAGAAGCAACAUACAACAUGCUAAAACGAAAGGGACUUGGUUCAAAGGUUAGUGCGGGAGCUGUUGGCGAAUUAUACAAGACUAAAGAUGAAGAUGGCAGCGCGCAUAAGAAAGAAGAGAUGGAUUUUGACGCACAGUAUGGGCAGGACGAUGCUGAUGGUGAAACAUUCGAUCAUGGUUACUACAGCUACGAUGGUUAUGACGACGAUGGCACAGGAGUCUACAAUGGCAUUGAUGAUUUUGAUUUCAAUUAGCAGCAUUUGCUGAACAGCGUGCUGAUCAGCAUGACCUUUUGGGACAAACUAGAAGUUAAUCCAGAAGAGAUGGGGCAAAAGAAUCUCCAUCUGUACACUGUAAUACUUUAGUUUAUUUUUUCGAAGGGAGUUUCGAUCAGAUCAACAAUUAGUCUAGUAUGUUGCUUACGAUGGUCAACGUAGUUCUGUUUGUAUAAUAUGUGAGAAACUAGGUUCUGCUAGGUUGUAAUUGUAACUAAGUGCAUGAUUGCAUUGUUCAUUA